AUGCAAUGCCUUCGGACGAGGCUGCUCAUUCUCUUUCGAGCAGAGGAUCCUUGGAAUUACUCGCGGAGAAUCAAAUAUGCGAUUGAAGAACGAAAGCUGACGCUUCAGCACCUGGCGUAUAACUUGUACCUCGAUUGCAUGCCAGUUGACAAUCUUCCGUCAAUCUCGGGGGAGCAGAUGAAUCGCAUCGUAACCAGGUCCAUAUCAACCAAGAAGAUGAAGGUGGGAGAAGGCUCAGCGUCGGGCAGCAACUUUGCUGUGGUGUCAUUGGGGAAAAGUUCAAUCACUCUGGUAGAUGAAAUCAACCUAGAGUUCUCGCGGGCCAUGAAUCGAUGUAUCCUGGACAAGGCGUACUCAGACAACCUGAAGCUUCCUCUGGCUUCUCAAAACUCCAUCUUGAAGAGCAUGCAGCCUACUCCCCUGCUCAAGUUCACCUCGCAGACCUUCGAUCGUCCCGAAGGGUACAAGUUCGAAGAUGCUCGCUAUCACUUCACCUUCAACUCUUUCUUGACUGUCCCUGCUGUGCUCAACUGCGUCAACAAGGUGAAGCUGGAGUGCUUCCGAGUCGCAACGACCUCCCUGUUUGGCUAUCCCAUAGGCGCGGUGAGGCCCGAGGAGUUCGAGCAGCUGCAAGUAAGUCAUCGUGAGGUCGUGAACAAGCUUCUGAGGGAGACGUGGGUCAACGCUGUGAGAAACGCGAUCCAAAGCAGCCUGAAGGACAUCGGCAAGGGAUGGUUCAACUUGCAAGAGCACAGGAUGAACGUCUACAUCGUCUCCAAGCUCUGCAAGCUCAUGACUCAGAUCAAGUUCAUCAUGCAGGACUCGCUCAAGUCCUUGUCCGAUCAGUCUGCCGAGUCCUUCGCCAGGCUCUUCCUGGGCUCUCUCAGCUACGAGGUGAUCAUUGAGGACUUUGACAAGGUCAAGAACAUCCCACGGUCGCCUCUCUUCGUGCUGGACCUGGUGCUGGAGCCGAGCGGGAAGAUCAACUACAACAUCGAGCUCGACGUGCUCUUUGACAUGCCCCUCCUCCUCUACGACGCCGCGAUCGAAGUCAUGCAAGGCAUUCCCCAGCUCGAGCCGCAGAUCCUGACGAACCUGUUCUGGCCGGAGAAGCCAAACCUGGGGGCCCCUGAUCGUCACGACCCUGUGGUGAGCCGGUGCAAGGAGAUGAUGGCGGAGGCGCUCAAGGGCGCGAGGUCGCCGCUGGAACGAUACCUGGCAGCCCUCGAGCCCCUCCAGAGCGUCAUGGCCCUUGAGGUCCCCGCGAUCAUCAAACAGUGGGAGACGAAGACGCCGGAGGAGAUCGCGGCACAGCUUGAGGUCAUGAUGGAUGAAAGGAUCCCCAAACAGAUCUCCGUCGGAGGAUUUUCCAUCAACUUGGAACGCAUCCGCAAGCAUGCGGUCUCGAAAUAUUCUGAUUUGGUUGACGGGCUGGGAGGAGCCAUCGCAACGUCGACUCGGAAGAGGGCCGAGGCUGUUGGAAAGUCAUACGAUGACAUCUCGAACAUCUUGAAGAAGACUCCAGCUGAUGUCGAGGCGAUCGCAAAGCUGCGAGAAUACAUAGCCGAGCUCCCAAACCAGCUGGGAGAGCUGAGAACGCAGGUUGAGAGCGUGAACAAGGACUACGAGCUGUUGGACAGCCUCUUCUUCAACUACAGCAACGCGGAUGUCAAGCAGCGGUGGAACAGCUACGGACUUCCUGGACUGAUCCAGAGGAGGAUUGAAAACUCCCUAAAGAUGCUGGACGAGAAGCAGUCUGAGUACCAACAGGCCAUGAUCGACGAGCAGGAGGAGUUCAACGACGAGAUUCAAUCGCUCGGUCAGAUCAUCGCUAACUUCAGCUCGAGGCUCGUGGAGUGGGAGACAGGAGUGGGAGGAGGAGCUCUGGUGGAGGAGAUCGCUCAGGAGGUCAAGACCCUGCAGAAUCGCCUGCAGGAGGCCACCGUCGACUCGAGGAAGUACAACAGCAGGGAAGUCAUUCUCGCUCGUCCUCAGACGGAUUACUCAUCAAUCCAGAAGUCUUCCAAGGCGUUCGAGCCCUUCGUGACGCUGUGGAGCACAAUGGUUGAGUUCCAGAGGAGCAGGAGCUCCUGGCAGACCUGCCCCUUCUCCUCCCUUGACCCCGAGGAGAUUGAGAAGAACAUCCAGGUGUGGUGGCGGAACUUGUUCAAGAUCUCCAAGAUGUUCGAGGCGGGAGAUCAGAAAGUCUUCGAGAUGACGAGGGCGGUCAGGGAUGACGUGGACGACUUCAAGAAGUACGUGCCCAUGGUCACGGCCCUGAGGAACCCGGGGAUGAAGGAGAGACACUGGAAGGCGCUCUCGACCGAGCUCAAGAUCGAGCUGCGCUUCGACGACAGCGUGACCCUCAACACCGUCCUCAACGAGAUGAAAUUGCAGGAGCACAUGCCACACAUCACCAAGAUCGGAGACCUGGCGAGCAAGGAGUACAUGAUCGAGACCACUCUAGACGGGAUGAUCGAGAGCUGGAACGGGGUCGACCUGGACCUCAGGGACUACAAGGACACAGGCACCCAAGUACUGGGAGGUCUUGACGAGGUUCUUCAGCACCUGGACGACAACAUCGUCAUGACUCAGUCCAUCGCCUUCUCGCCCUUCAAGGGGCCCUUCACCGAGCGCAUUGAGGAGUGGGAGAAGUCUCUUCUGCUGGCCCAGGAGAUCCUCGACGAGUGGAUCGCUUGCCAGAGGCUUUGGAUGUACUUGGAGCCAAUCUUCGCCUCUGAAGACAUCCAGAAGCAGCUGCCGGGGGAGAGCAAGAAGUUUCAGCUGGUCGAUCGCAACUGGAGGAGGAUCAACGACGGUGCCAAGAAGAACCCAGCUGUCCUCGAGGUCUGCAGCAGCCACAAGAUUCUCGAUCUGUUCCGGGACGGGAACAAGGUACUUGACUCGGUGCAGAAGGGGCUCUCGGACUACCUCGAGACGAAGAGAGCUGGCUUCGCCAGGUUCUACUUCCUGUCCAACGACGAGCUGCUGGAGAUCCUGUCGCAGACCAAGGAAGUGACCGCCGUCCAGCCUCACCUCAAGAAAUGCUUCGAGGCGAUUAACAAGCUCGAGUUCGUCAUCGACGGCAAGAACGUCUCCGCUACCGCCAUGUACUCGGCUGAGGGUGAGAUGAUUCCGUUCCCCGAGACGCUGCUGAUCCGAGGGAACGUCGAGAGCUGGCUGACGGACGUCGAGAGCAUGAUGCGGGUCACCCUCCGCCAUCGCCUCCGAGCUGCUUCCGACGACUAUGCGCAGAAGCCGAGGACACAGUGGGUGUUGGACUGGCCCGGGCAGCUGGUGCUGGCGGGGAGCCAGUACUACUGGAGCAUCGAGGUGGAGGAGGCGAUCAGCACUGAGGGAGCGCUGGGCCUCAAGAAGUACUACGAGAAGAUGCUGGUGCAGCUGGAAGGCCUGGUGUCACUCGUGCGGGGGAAGCUGGACAAGCUCGGGUCGCUGACGCUGGGGGCGCUAAUCACGAUCGAGGUGCACGCCAGGGAUGUCAUCCAGCGACUGGAGGAGGUGGGAGUGUCUGACGUGCAGGACUUCGAGUGGAUCAGCCAGCUGAGGUACUACUGGGAUGGAGAGGACUACUGCAGAGCCAAGGCCAAGUUGCCUCUCUUCUACAACGCGGGGAGAGGAGAGGAUAUGACGGUGAAACAGGUGCAGGCAGUGUUCAUCUACGGGUAUGAGUACCUCGGCAACACCCCCCGACUCGUCAUCACGCCCCUGACUGACCGAUGCUACAUCACCUUGACUAGCGCCAUGCACCUGUGCCUGGGAGGAGCUCCUGCGGGACCUGCUGGGACGGGUAAGACGGAGACGACGAAAGAUCUAGGGAAGGCGCUAGCAAAGCAGACGGUUGUGUUCAACUGCAGCGAUGGUCUGGACUACCUGGCAAUGGGAAAGUUCUUCAAGGGGCUGGCGUCAUCAGGAGCAUGGGCCUGCUUCGACGAGUUCAACCGCAUCGACAUCGAAGUUCUAUCCGUCAUCGCCCAGCAGGUGAUCACCAUCCAGCUGGCCACGCAGAGGAAGCAAACCAACUUCAUCUUCGAGGGCUGCGACAUCGCUCUCGACGUCACUUGCGCCGUCUUCAUCACCAUGAACCCGGGAUACGCGGGAAGGAGCGAGCUGCCGGACAACCUGAAGGCGCUCUUCCGCCCCAUGGCCAUGAUGGUCCCUGACUACGGGCUGAUCGCUGAGAUCAGCCUCUUCUCCUUCGGUUUCAGCAACGCAAAGCCUCUCUCCCGCAAGAUCGUGGCGACGUUCAAGUUGUCAUCGGAGCAGCUGUCCUCCCAGGACCACUACGACUUCGGGAUGAGGGCGGUUAAGACCGUGAUCAACGCCGCAGGCAUAUUGAAACGAGAUCAGCCCAACACCAGCGAGGAUACCCUCCUCUUCCGCGCCCUGACAGACGUCAACAAGCCCAAGUUCCUCACCGAAGAUCUGACGCUGUUUGACGGCAUCAUGAAUGAUCUCUUCCUCGGCGUCGAGAGGCCCGUGAUCGACUACGGCGAGCUGAUCGAGACCAUGAAGUCCAGCUCCGAGACCAGAUCCCUCCAGCCCGUCCCCUCCUUCGUCGCCAAGAUGAUCCAGCUCUACGACACUACCGUUGUGCGGCACGGCCUUAUGCUCGUCGGGCCCACCGGAGGAGGCAAGACGAUGAACUACCGGACCCUCGCCGCUGCUAUGACCUUCCCAGCUCUGUUCGAGCAUGUCAAGUACCACACCCUCAACCCCAAGUCCAUCACGUCAGGUCAGCUCUACGGCGACUUUGACGUCAACACCCACGAGUGGACUGAUGGGAUCCUUGCUGGGAUCAUCCGAGAGUGCGCGCAAGACACGUCACCUGACAAGAAAUGGAUCAUGUUUGACGGACCUGUGGACGCAAUCUGGAUCGAGAACAUGAACACGGUUCUCGACGACAACAAGAAGUUGUGUCUUGUCAGCGGGGAGAUCAUCGCUCUUACGCCAACCAUGACGAUGAUGUUUGAAGUUGAAGACCUUGCUGUUGCUUCUCCUGCCACUGUCAGUCGAUGCGGCAUGAUAUACAUGGAGCCAAGUGCGCUCGGUUUGAUGCCUCUCGCGCAGUCUUGGCUCGCCUCCCUCCCGCAUUCCUUUGCCUCUACUGAGACGGUCCUGCUUGACUUGCUUCAGCAGUACUUGGAGAACUGUAUCACCUUCGUGAGGAAGAACCUGGUCGAGACUGUAGCAACAGUGGACAACAACCUUGCUCAGAGCUUGUUCCGCCUCCUCUCCUCCAUCAUGCACAUCUUCGAGCACGAGGUCGAGCACUUCAAGUCUCAGAACGAGGAGGAGUCCCAGCAGGCCCUCCCGUCAGUCUCAGAGAUCGUCGCUCCUCUCUUCUUCUUCUGUCUCACUUGGACCGUUGGCGGCAGCUGCGACCUGGUAGGAAGAAGUAAGUUCAACGAGUACCUCCGCCAGCUUGCCAAGACCAACGAGCAUGACAAGUUUCUACCACCCGACGGCAGCAUCUACGACUUCUGCUACCUCCAGGACCUCCAGGACUUCGGCUGGAAGCGAUGGAUGGACACGAGGCCGCCCGUCAAGCUUGACCCCAAGGCUUCCUUCUCCAGCAUGAUCGUUCCCACCGUUGACACGAUCCGUUACGCCAACCUCAUCGGCCGCCUCGUCUCGCAGGAGAAGCACGUGCUGUGUGUGGGAGACACCGGGACGGGCAAGACGCUAACGGUGAUGGACCAGCUCUUCAACGGCAUGCCCAAGGGCUUCGAGACCGUCCCCAUGUCGUUCUCUGCCUCCACGAGCGCCAACCAGACGCAGGACAUCCUAGACGCCAAGUUUGACAAGCGGAGGAAGGGAGUCUUCGGUCCCCCGGCAGGUUCAAAGUUCAUCAUCAUGGUCGACGAUUUCAACAUGCCGGCUCGAGAGAAGUACUUCGCUCAACCUCCGCUGGAGCUGCUGCGACAAUGGAUGGACCAUGGCGGAUGGUUCGAUCGAAAGCUCCUCCAGUUUCGCGAGAUUAUCGACAUCAUCUUCGUCUCCGCCAUGGGGCCACCGGGCGGCGGCCGCAACCCGAUCUCUGCACGCAUGACACGCCAUUUCAAUUUCCUGUCCUUCACGACCAUCGAGAACGACUCGCUCAACAGAAUCUUCGGCACGAUCCUCAAGACGUUCAUCUCCGCCAACUUCAACAGCGACGAGUUUCACAGCCUCGUCUCUCCCCUCGUCGAGGCGACUGUCGAGGUCUACGACACCAUCGCCGCUGAGCUGCUCCCGACCCCCGCCAAGUCGCACUACACCUUCAACCUCCGCGACCUCGCCAAGGUCUUCCAAGGCGUGCUGGCGGCAGACACCAAGACGAUCGGAGACAGCACCUCCCUGAUCCGCCUGUGGGCGCACGAGUGCAUGAGAGUGUUCGGCGACAGGCUCGUCAACGACGAGGACCGCGACUGGUUCGGGAAGCUCAGAGACCGGCAGCUCUCCCAGCGGUUCGAGCUCAGCUGGAAGGAAGUCUGCCCUGGCGACCGCCUGCUCUUCGCUGACUUCACAGGGAGCGGCGACCCGAAGCCGUACGUGUGGGUGGAGGAGCCGGAGAAACUAGUUCACAUCUUCGAGGGGAUGCUCGACGACUACAACGUGGAGAACACCAAGAGACUGGACCUCGUCCUCUUCAUGGACGCGAUUGAGCACAUUUCCCGCAUCUCCCGCAUCAUCCGCCAGCCCAAGGGGAACGCGCUCCUGCUCGGGGUUGGAGGGAGCGGGAGGCAGAGCCUGACGCGGCUGGCCUCGUUCGCGGCAGACUACAAGUGCUUUCAGAUUGAGAUCUCCAAGAACUACGGUAUGAACGAGUGGAGGGAGGACCUGCGAACGCUCCUGAAGCUCGCGGGGUGCGAGGGCAAGUCAACAGUCUUCCUGUUCCCCGAGACCCAGAUCGUGAAGGAGAGCUUCCUUGAAGACAUCAACUCCAUCCUCAACUCCGGCGAGGUUCCCAACCUCUUCGACGCUCCUUCCCUCGAGGAGAUCAGCGGAGUCGUCCGCCCUAUCUGCGCUGCUCAGGGGCUGCCGCAGACCAAGGCUGCGCUCUAUGCCUUCUUCCUCUCCCGCGUGCAGGAGAACCUCCACUGCGUCAUCUGCAUGAGCCCCGGGACUGAUACCUUCCGAUCUCGCCUCCGCAUGUACCCCAGCCUGCUCAACUGCUGCUCCAUCGACUGGUUCUCCGAGUGGCCGGCAGAGGCGCUGACCAACGUCGCUCGCAGUCAGCUGUCGACCAUCCAGUUUGAGAGCGAGCAGCAGAAGACGGCUGUGUUCGACGUUUGCAGGGGCAUCCACGAGUCGGUAGCGAGGUUUUCCAUCCGCUACUUCAACGAGAUGGGGAGAUUCAACGCUGUGACGCCGACGAGCUACCUGGAGCUCCUGGCGGCCUACAAGCGGAUCAUGGAGGAGAAGAAGGAAGAGGUCGGAACCAACAAGAACAGGUUCGUCGUCGGGCUAGAGAAGCUAGCAGAGGCGACGGUGCAGGUGCAGACGCUGCAGCAGGAGAUCAUAGAGCUGCAGCCUGUGCUGGUGAAGACGAGCGAGGAAGUGGACGCUAUGAUGAUCACCAUCACUGCGGACAGGGAGGAGGCGGACAAGACCAAGAUCAUCGUAGAGGCGCAGGAGAACGAGGCCAACGCCAAGGCAGCCAAGGCCAAGGAGAUCGCCGACGAUGCUCAAAAAGAUCUCGACGAGGCCCUACCGGCUCUCGAUGCCGCGACUGCUUCGCUGAGGAGCUUGAACAAGAACGACAUCGUCGAGGUGAAGGCGAUGAAGAACCCCCCAGCUGGAGUCAAGCUGACGAUGGAGGCGGUGUGCAUCCUGAUGAAGGUGAAGCCUGUCAGGAAAGACGACCCGAAUCAGCUGGGCAAGAAGAUCAACGACUACUGGGAGCCGGCCUCGAAGCUGCUCAACGAUCCCUCUGGCUUCCUCAACAGCCUCUUCUCCUUCGACAAGGAGGCCAUGGAGGACAACGUCAUAUCGCAGGUCACCCCCUACGUCAACGGCGAGCACGGCGAGUUCACCCCCGCGUCCAUCGAGAAGGCAUCCAAGGCAUGUAAGAGCAUCUGCAUGUGGGUGUUGGCCAUGCACAAGUACUACCACGUGGCGAAGAUGGUCGAGCCCAAGAAGGAGCUGCUGGCCUCAGCUCAGGCUGAGCUGAGGGAGGUCAUGGCGCAGCUGGAAGAGGCGAAGGCGAAGCUCAAGGCUGUGAACGAGAAGCUGCAGAGGCUGCAAGACGAUCUGAACGCGGCGGUGGCGAAGAAGGAGGAGCUGGGGAGGAAGAGCGAGGAGUGUAACAUCAAGCUAGGCCGAGCUGAGAAACUCAUCGGGGGCCUUGGCGGCGAGAAGCUGAGGUGGAUGGCGACGGUUGAACAGCUGUCAAAGGACUUCGCGUGCAUUGUGGGGGACGUGCUGGUCGGGGCGGGGACGGUGGCGUACCUGGGAGCGUUCACUGGGGACUACAGAGGAUGGAUGGUGCAGGAGUGGAACGAGUUGCUGCUGCAAAACUCGAUCCUCCAUACCGACAACUGCACCAUUCACACUUCGCUCUCUGACCCCGUGAGUAUCCGAGCCUGGCAGAUCGCGGGGCUGCCGAGCGAUCCCCUGUCGACUGAGAACGCUCUCAUCAUGCAGAAGGCGAGGCGAUGGCCGCUGAUGAUCGACCCCGAGACGCAGGCAAACUCGUGGGUGAAGAACAUGGAGAAGGUGAACAACGUCGAGGUAGUCAAACUCACUUCCUCCAACUACCUGCGGUCCCUCGAGAAUGGGAUCAGGUUCGGUCGGCCGGUGAUGAUCGAGAACAUUCUGGAGGAGCUCGACCCGGCUCUAGAGCCUCUCCUCCUCCGCAUCACAUUCAAGCAGAACAACCAGGAAAUGAUCCAGCUGGGCGACUCUACGGUCCCCUGGCACCCUGACUUCCGCUUCUACAUGACGACGAAGCUGCGCAACCCGAUCUACAAGCCCGAGACAGCCGUCAAAGUCACCCUCCUCAACUUCGCCAUCACCUCCGACGGGCUGCAGCAGCAGCUGCUGGGGCUGGUGGUGGCGGAGGAGCGGCCGGACCUGGCGGAAGCGAAGAACAACUUGGUGGUGCAGAAUGCGGCGAUGAAGAAGCAGAUGAAGGAGAUUGAGGAUACGAUCCUCCGUAUGCUGUCGGAGGCGUCGGGGGACAUUCUCGACGACGAAGGGCUGAUAAACACGCUUGCGGCGUCGAAGAAGACGUCGACGGAGAUCAACGAGAAGCUGGCGCAGGCUGAGAUCACAGAAAAGGAGAUCGACACGACGAGGGUGGAGUACCUUCCCGUCGCCUUCCGCUCCUCCCUCCUCUAUUUCUGCGUAUCCGAUCUCUCGAUCAUCGACCCCAUGUACCAGUACUCUCUUGGCUGGUUCAUGAACCUCUUCCGCAUGGGGAUUCAGAACUCAGAGAUGUCUCCCGACGACCUGGAGCAGAGGCUUCGCAACAUCAUCGACUACUUCACUCACAGCGUCUACGUGAACAUCUGCCGAUCGCUCUUCGAGAAGCACAAGCUCAUGUUCUCCUUCCUCCUCUGCAUCCGCAUCAUGCAGACCGAAGGGAAGAUAGACAGUGAUGAGUUCAAAUUUCUCUUGUCAGGACCAACCUCCAACUCGACCGACGGAGACAACCCAGCGCCUGACUGGCUUACCAAUAGCUCAUGGGUCGAGCUAUCGGGCAUGUCGCUACAUCUUCCAGCCUUCCAUGGCCUCUCCGACAUCUUCAGAGGGCACCUCUCCUCCUUCAAGGAGAUGUUUGACAGUUCCUCCCCGGAAAGCUUCGUCCUUCCAGCUGACCUUCCUUCCCGCCUCUCGACCUUCCAGCGCAUCCUCGUCCUCCGCGGCCUUCGCUCUGACAAGGUCACCAAUGCCGUUCAGGCUCUAGUCUCCUCUGAGCUCGGCCCUGCUUUCAUCGAGCCUCCUCCCUUCGACCUCCUGCGAUGUUACCAGGAAUCAACUGUCAAGACCCCCCUGAUCUUCGUCUUCUCCCCCGGCUCUGACCCAGCAGCAGACCUCUACAAGUUCGCCGACUCCAUGAACAUGACGAGGAAGCUGGACUCGAUCUCGCUUGGGCAGGGGCAGGGGCCGAUAGCUGAGAACCUAAUCAAGACGGGGCAGGACUCGGGCGGUUGGGUUUUCCUGCAGAACUGUCACCUUGCCGUCUCCUGGAUGCCCCGACUGGAGAAGAUCGUAGAGACGACAGAUGAAGAGCUAGUACACCGGGACUAUCGUCUCUGGUUGACAUCCGGACCCUCCAAGGCUUUUCCUGUCUCAGUCUUGCAAGAUGGCGUGAAGAUGACGAUUGAGCCGCCCAAGGGGCUCAAGGCGAAUCUGAAUAGGUGGGAGGGGGAGGAGGAGGAGGAGGAGGAGGAGGAGGAGGAGGAGGAGGACUAA